GACAAUGUUGGGUAUGUACGUGCCAGACAGAUUCUCCCUGAAAUCGUCAAAGGUCCAGGAUGGAAUCGGUCUUUACACGGCGAGGCGAGUAAAAAAGGGAGAAAAGUUUGGCCCCUUUGCUGGUGAGAAAAAACUGCCCAGUGAGUUGGAUGAAAGUUUGGACAACAGGUUGAUGUGGGAGGUUCGUGGGAGUAAAGGAGAUGUGCUGUAUAUUCUGGAUGCGAGUAAUCCUCGCUAUGCCAACUGGCUGCGGUUUGUCCAUCAGGCGCCUUCACAGGAGCAGAAAAACUUGGCAGCCAUUCAGGAUGGGGAGAACAUCUUUUACCUGGCUGUGGACGACAUAGAGACAGACACAGAGCUCCUGAUUGGCUACCUGGACAGUGAUAUGGAGGAAGAAGAGGAAGAAGAGGAAGAAGUCAUAGAUGAUGAUGAUGAAAAUAGUAAAGAGGCCAAGCAUGUUGUAGAAAUGGAACUUGUAAUAAAGAAAGAGGAUCACCCCUGCCUGCUGUGUGAGAGCAGUUUUCCCAGCGAGGAGAUCCUGGCUGCCCACCUUCAGAGCCUGCAUCAGAGGCCCAGUACGGAGGAGAAGGAGUUCAAAUGCAGGAGCUGUGGCAAAAAGUUCCCUGUCAAACAAGCUUUACAGCGCCAUGUUUUGCAUUGUUCUGAGUCACUUGACCCAUCGGGCGACUCUAAAGCUCACCAGUGCUCCCUUUGCCACAAUACCUUCAGCUCCGAGUCCAGUUUUGAACAACAUAAAGAAGCGUGUAAAGGAGAUUCCAGGUUCAUAUGCAAAGCAGAGAGCUGUGGAAAAAGAUUCAAAAGCAAAGAUGCUCUGAAGAAACAUAAAGGCAACGUUCAUACAGGGAGCGCAAGAAGGAAACUUACAUGCACCAUUUGCAACAGGAAAUGCUCCUCCUCACUGAAUCUUCAGGAACACAGGAAGAUACAUGAAAUAUUUGAAUGCCACGCAUGCGACAAAAAAUUCAUCUCUACCAAUCAGCUGAAACGCCAUAUGAUCACACACUCCGAGAAGAGACCUUACACCUGUGAGAUCUGCAGUCGAUCAUUCAAACGCUUGGACCAGGUGACAGCUCAUAAGAUCAUCCACAGUGAGGAUAAACCGUACAAAUGUAAGCUGUGUGGGAAAGAGUUUGCUCACCGCAACGUCUACAAGAAUCACAAGAAGACUCACUCAGAGGAAAGGCCUUUUCAGUGUGAGGAGUGCAAGGCACUGUUCCGCACCCCCUUUUCACUACAACGCCAUCUACUCAUCCACAACAGUGAGAGGACUUUCAAGUGUGACCAGUGUGAUGCCACAUUUAAGAGGAAGGACACACUCAAUGUCCAUAUUCAGGUGGUGCACGACGGCCACAAGAAAUACAAGUGCAACCUGUGUGAGAAGGCUUUCGUCACUCCUUCAGUCCUCAAGAGCCACAAGAAGACUCACACAGGGGAGAAAGAGAAGAUCUGCCCGUACUGCGGACAAAAAUUUGCCAGCAACGGCACUCUGAGGGUCCACAUUCGCAGCCAUACAGGUUAG